AUGGCGAACAUGAUCCAGCCACAGAUUCUAAAGUUGAUAAAGACUAAUUACGAUAACUGGAGUAUCCAGGUGAAAGUCUUGCUUGGCUCGCAAGACUUGUGGGAGCUCGUGGAGAAUGUCUACACUGAACCAGAGUCACCUGCAGCAGAAGCAACUCUCACCGUCACACAGAAGAGUGCAGAAAGAGCUAAAAAGGUACGCCUCCAAGCAUUAAGAGUUGAAUUUGAAAAUUUGAAGAUGAAAGCUACAGAAUCAAUAUCAGACUAUUUUAGUAGAGUUCAGACAAGAACUAAUCAAAUGAAGAGAAAUGGAGAAGCAAUUAAUGAUGUAAGAAUUAUGAAGAAGAUACUUAGGACUUUAGACUCUAAAUUCAAAUAUAUUAUUCCGGCAAUACAAAAGUCUAAAGAUCUUUCCGAAGUUUCUAUUGAUGAGCUUCAAGGUUCUCUGCAAGCUUAUGAACAAGAUAUAAACAUCAGUUCAAAUCAAGCGGAGAAUCUAGAGCAAGCCUUGCAGAGUAAGAUGAGUAUCAAAGAAGAUAGUCGAAGAGGAAGUGGAGGCUACAGAGGUAGAGGCUCUUUUAGAGGUGGCUCGAACUUCCAGCAAGGUCAUAGGAGACGGUACUAA